AUGUCAAGUUACUUGCUAGAACGUGAAUUAUUGGGUUCAGCUCGCAAUAUUAUUGAUGCACAUUCAAAUGGUCCAUUAGUAAGUAAUAACUAUCGUGGCUCUUAUGGAACAAGUUCCAGUCCAACAACAGUGCAACAUCACUAUCAAGAGACGAACGGUAAUUAUGAAGCAAAAAAAAUUGCAGCAGAUCUGCAAGAUCAAGUAAGACUCUUGAAAAGAGACUUGGAGAAAAAGGAUGGUUUAAUCCAAGAAUUAUCUAGCAUGAGAGAUGUCAAUAAACAUACCCAAUUUGAAACAUCAAAAUAUGAAGCCAUGGUUGGUGCCGAACGAAAUGCAUUAGAAAAUGCUCGGCGAGAACUUGCUCAGAUGCAAACACGAGUUGAAAGUGCAACUCAUGAUUUACGUGAAUGUACGCUAAAAUUAUCGGCAAAAGAUGAACAUAUAAAUGAAUUAAGACAUGAAGUUGAAUCAAUCAAAAAAGAAUAUGAUAUUAUGAAUAAUGCAAAUAAUCAAUUAAAAAUACGUGUUCGUGAAUUAGAAGGAAAUGUAGGUAGUUAUGAAUCGGUAACUAAUAAAUCAUCAGUGACAAUAACAGCAUUACAACAUGAGAUUAAAGAAAAACAAGAACAGUUAUUAGAAUUACAAUCGAGAAUAAGAACACAUAUGGAAGAACGUGAAACAAGUGAACGCAAAACAGAAGGAUUAAAUAAAAAAUUACAUGAAUUAUUUUCACAACUAAAUAUUAUAUUCGGAGCGGAUUGUGGUGUGCCAACACCAGCGGCUCUAGAAAAUUUGAAGACAAAAAUAUCUGAUAUCAAUGCAGAAAAUACAUCACUUAAAGGUAGAUUAGUCAAAUUGGAAGAAAAAAAUAGAUCGUUAGAAAAUGAAUCAUCUGCAAAUCGUUCAACUAUACAACAAAUGGUUAAUCAAUUACAAAAUUAUGAACAAAAUGGUGUUGGUAGUCGAUUACAAAUCGAUACGUUAAAAGGUGAACGUGAUGCAGCAUUGAGUAAUAAAGAAUCAAUUCAACGUGAACUAGAAACAAUGAAAUCUCGUUUGGAAAGUGUACAAAAAGCGUGGCAAAAUACUAAACAAGAAUUGGAUACACGUGAAGAAAAAUUUUUAGCAAAUGAAUUAAAUCUUAAACAACUAGACAAUGAUGCAUUAUAUGCAAAAACAUGUUUAGAUUCAUUUAAACAACAAGUUGGACAAUUAUUAUCUGAUGGAUAUGUUAAAGUUGAACCAAAAGAAGAUGAAAUUAAAGAGAAAAUACAAUUAUUAAUGCAAUCAUCGAAAGAUCGAGGAGUGAUUAUUACAAAUUUACAAAAUCAGAAAGAACAUUUAUCAAAACAAUUGCAAGAACAAAUUGAAUUAAAUAAAGAGGCCGAUUCAAAACGUCAUCAUGCCGAACAACAUUUAUUAGAAUUAGAACAUCGUUUAAAAACACUUGACAAUGAUUAUACAACAACAGAAGUCUAUAGAGAAAAUUUAAAACAUGACAAAGCCAAGUUUCUUCAUUUUAUUGAACGUUUGGCAUCUGUUAUGAAAAUUCAAAAUGUUUCACAUGAUAUUGGUUAUGAAUUAAAUCCAGAUGUAAUAUUGACACGUGCUGAACAAUUGAUGAAAUUAGAAAAUGAUUCAAUUGUUGAUCAAAAAACAAAUAUUUAUUCAUUACAACGAAAAAUAAAACAAUUGAAAGAACAAAUUGAAAAUAAAGAUUUACAUUUAGAUUUAUUACGUAAAAAAGUUAUUGCUCUUGAAGAAGGACGAAAUUCAAAAUCGGAUUUAGAAAAAGAAAUCGAUGAUCAUGUAAUGUUAAGUAGAAAGAUGAAGGUAAAAGUGGAUAACUUGACACAACAAGUCAAUGAAUUGAAGCAUGAAAACACGCAAUUAAAAGCACAAAUGACCGAUAUUCAUAUGUUGAAAAGUCGUAUAAUGGAACACGAGAAAGAAAUUCGUCGUUUAUUAGAAGAUAAUAGUAAAUUACAAAAUGUUCGCGAUAAACAAGCCGUAAAAAUUUCAAAUUUACAAGAUAAAAUGCAUAACGUUGAUGAAGAAACAAAUCGUACAUUAUUGUCAUCGGAUAAUGCUGUUCGAUCUUUAUCAAAUGAAUUAAGAUUUCUUAAAAGUUCAUUAGAACAAGUGACUGAGCGAGAACGACGAUUACUUGAUUUUCGUGGCCUUGUUGCACGUAUGCUUGGCUUGGAUGCCAAAACUUUGUCUGUACCGGAUUAUGAAAUCACGGCACGCCUCGAAAGAUUAUUAACUGUUGUGCAACCAACAAUAGCCAUGCCUGUUGUCCAUAUACCACAACAACAACACCAACAACAGAGACAAGAACAACAUCAUUAUUAUCCUUCAUCUCAUAACUAUAAUAAUCAACGGCAUACAGCGCAUACUCGUACACGCAGUCCAUCGCCACCAACAAGACGGCAUGAAACAAGUCAUCGAGCGCGAUCACACUCACCAUCUCAUAUGGGUAUUGAUCCAAGAACAUACUAA